UUGUUCCUGCUAUGCUGUUGUCACGUUGGUGCUGAGGAAUUUAGGCGCCUUGUUCUGGACAGAAGGGACCGUUUUGGAGCAAUGAAUAUCACCAGAGAGAAAGUCCAAGUGGAGAUGCCAAUUGGAGGUGACCAAGCAGCAGUGACCUGCAGCCUUCACGGCAAGAUCAUGGACAACAAAGGGGAACAGAGACUGUCAGCCAGCGAGCUGCCCAUUUAUGGGUGCCCGAGAGACAGGCAAGGGGAGCACCAGAAUAGCAAUGCACCUGCCGGGCCUGAGAGCUUAGGGGCUGCAGUGCACAGAACAACUUCAUUUUCGGUUCUGGACAUCUUGGACCCUAACAAGUUCAACAGCAAACUGAGACACUGCAGUGGACUAUACAAGACCUCCAGGGAGUUUAUCCUGAAGGCAGAGGACAAGGCAGAGGGGCCGGACAUUGCCAAUGGGCAGAAGACUUUCCUGGAAGAAUUUGACUCCUGUAAAAAGUCUCCUGAACUGAUCAAGGAAGAAGGUCUGUUCCACCACUCGGCUACAGAGGACUGUCAGAACCAGGACUUCAGUCCCAGCCUAGGCAGUGACCUGGAGGAAGACGAAGAUGAAGAGGAAGAUGAAGAGAUGUGCAGUGAGGAGAGCAGAAAUUCCACCCCUUCAGGUCUAGCAGAGAGGGAUCCAGGGGGAGGCAAUAGUCAAGGUGAAGAUGCCCUCACUACUGUGGCCCCCAAUGGGUCCAACCAACCAUCCAAUGGAAAGAACCAACAACAGCAGAACCAGCACGGGAAACCAAAAAGAAAGCGUACGGGUUCAGACUCUAAGUCGGGGAAGCCCAGGAGAGCCCGCACCGCCUUCACCUACGAACAACUGGUGUCGCUAGAGAACAAAUUCAAGUCAACCCGGUACCUGUCCGUGUGUGAAAGACUCAACCUGGCGCUGUCCCUCAGCCUCACCGAGACCCAAGUCAAAAUUUGGUUCCAGAACCGGCGCACUAAAUGGAAGAAACAGAACCCUGGGGCCGACACCAGCGCUCCCACUGGGGGCUCCGGACAUGGGGGAGGCGGAUCUGGGAUCUCUAUGAUGGGAGGGGGUCUCAGCCCUCUUAGCCACUCACCCCCCAUGGGAAACCCAUUAACCAUGCACAGUCACCCUGGCUACCCUGGCCAUGCCCCCGGUGGGUUAAUGUGCACUGCCCAAUUGCCCUUCCUUCCAGGCCCGGCUACGGUACUGUCCCCUUUUAUGUUGAGUUCCCAGUCCUACGGGGCCCCAGCAUUCUACGCCCCUCACUUAUAACGACCUGGCAGAGAGCACUCUAAAGAGAAACUGUAACUCAACUUUGGACCACUAGGUGGUGACGUUGUGAGCAUCGGCUUCUUCAGGGCUGCAGGGGAACUGCACGUUAAUUGGUUAAUAUUAGAUUCACAAAUUGCUACGCCCCAUUUAACCUUUUCAGCUCCAGAAUCUGGUAUUCACUGGGUUAAAUGAACGCAGGGAGCACUUUAUUGUACAAUUUUGGGACCCCUCCUGUGCCCCCGGCAUUGUUAAUAUAAGAAAGGAAUAACUCUCUUUAUUCAGUGCCCAUUUUAUUCUCAGGGUGAAUAUUUAUUUAGAGACUGAUUUUAUUGUACAUUGUUGGAAAAUACAAUGGAUCUUUCGUUCGUGGUAUCACGAUUUAUGGAUUAUUUAUUUGUGCGACUGAAUCCAAUUAACCCUCCCAUUUCCAGAUCGCUCAGGGAGUGAGGAGGUUAACAGAGGUUCUUAUCAGCUCGUUCUCCCUAUGGCUUCUCAUUUUUAUUCCUUUCUUCUUGUGUUUCUUUUUAUCUCUGUAGAUAUUUUACUGAUAAUUACCUUUCUCUUCGUAAUUUCUAUAAGGCCAUAGAGUGUAAAUACAUAAAGAUCUGCCAAGCACUUUGCUAAAGAAAUAAUUGUUAAAACUGACCAAU